UCCGUCGAUCUAGCAACCUUUCGACCAAAUUUUUACUUACCAUUCUCUCUCUCUCUCUCCUCGCCUCUGCAUUUCUCCGUCACUGUUUUAACUUCUUUACACUCCCACCUCCUCCUCCACCUCCGCCAAAUUUAGCGAGAUCCUCUAAAUUUAGCGGCACCCAUCCGCUAAAUCUAGAGCAGAUCUGAAGUCUCGCCACCAGAUCCGAAAACCCUAGUCCCCUCGGCCAUGGAGGAGGCACUGGAGAUGGCGCGCGCCAAGGACACCAAGGAGCGGAUGGCGGGCGUCGAACAUCUCCACCAACUUCUAGAAGCUUCUAGAAAGAGCUUGUCAUCGGCGGAGGUCACUUCGCUUGUCGACUGUUGUAUGGAUCUCCUGAAAGAUAACAACUUUAGGGUCUCUCAGGGUGCUCUGCAAGCCCUAGCUUCUGCUGCUGUGCUCUCUGGAGAGCAUUUGAAGCUCCAUUUCAAUGGGCUUGUCCCGGCUGUCGUGGAAAGGUUGGGAGAUGGGAAGCAGCCGGUUCGCGAUGCUGCUCGGAGACUGUUGCUUACUCUCAUGGAGGUAUCUUCUCCAACAAUCAUUGUUGAAAGAGCUGGAUUGUACGCCUGGACACACAAGAGUUGGAGAGUAAGGGAAGAAUUUGCAAGGACUGUCUCAUCAGCAGUUGGUCUCUUUGCAUCUACUGAGCUGCCCCUGCAGCGAGUUAUACUUCCUCCUAUUCUUCAGAUGCUGAAUGACACAAAUCCGGGUGUCAGGGAAGCAGCUAUAUCAUGUAUUGAGGAAAUGUAUACACAAGCUGGGCCUCAGUUCCGUGAUGAAUUACAACGUCAUAAUCUUCCUAUAUCUAUGGUAAAAGAUAUUAAUGCUAGGCUUGCAAGGAUUGAACCAAAGGUUCGUUCUUCAGAUGGACUUUCAGGUCAUUUCACCACUGGGGAGCUGAGGCCUGCUAGUCUUAACCAGAAAAAAAGCAGUCCAAAGACCAAAAGUUCCACACGCGAGAUGUCCCUAUCUGGAGGAGAAAGCGAUGCCACAGAAAAACCUGUAGACCCUAUUAAAGUGUAUUCUGAAAAGGAGUUAAUCAGAGAGAUAGAAAAGAUUGCAUCUACUCUUGUACCAGAGAAGGAUUGGUCUCUCCGUAUAGCUGCUAUGCAAAGGGUUGAAGGCCUUGUCUUUGGAGGUGCUGCUGAUUAUCCAUGUUUUCCUGCUCUCUUGAAGCAACUUGUUGCUCCUCUGAGCACACAACUAUCUGACCGGAGAUCUAGUAUUGUAAAGCAGGCUUGCCAUCUUUUGAACUUGUUAUCAAAAGAGCUUCUAGGUGAUUUUGAGGCGUGUGCUGAGAUGUUCAUUCCAGUGCUUUUCAAGCUUGUUGUAAUAACUGUACUUGUUAUUGCUGAGUCUGCAGACAACUGCAUAAAAACGAUGUUGCGAAAUUGUAAGGUUGCCCGUGUGCUCCCUCGAAUUGCUGACUGUGCAAAGAAUGACCGUAGUGCAGUUCUCCGUGCUAGGUGCUGCGAAUAUGGACUUCUGAUUCUAGAAUAUUGGGCUGAUGCACCUGAAAUACAUCGAUCAGCUGAUCUUUAUGAAGACCUUAUAAGAUGCUGUGUAGCAGAUGCAAUGAGUGAGGUACGAUCAACUGCAAGAACUUGCUACCGAAUGUUUGCUAAAACUUGGCCUGAACGUUCCCGCCGCCUUUUCUUGUCAUUUGAUCCAGUCAUACAAAGGAUCAUAAAUGAUGAAGAUGGGGGUAUGCACAGAAGAUAUGCUUCUCCUUCACUCCGUGAAAGAGGUGUGCAGUUGUCACGCGCUCCAUCACAGACUUCUGCUCCUUCAAAUUUACCAGGAUAUGGAACUUCUGCUAUUGUUGCCAUGGACAGGAGUGCAAGUCUGCCAUCAGGGGCAUCCCUUUCUUCUGGUCUGCUUCUGUCACAAGCAAAAUCAGUAGGAAAAGGUACUGAAAGAAGCCUUGAAAGUGUGCUCCAUGCAAGCAAACAGAAGGUUACAGCAAUUGAAAGCAUGCUUAGAGGUUUAGAUAUGUCUGAGAAACAUGGUUCAGCUAUGCGGUCAACUAGCUUGGAUCUAGGAGUUGACCCUCCGUCAUCUCGUGAUCCACCAUUCCCAGCAGCUGUUACUGCUUCAAAUCAUCUCACAAGUUCAGUGCUAUCAGAUACAACUGCACCUAAUGUUGCUAAAGGAAGUAGUCGUAAUGGUGGAUUGAUUUUGUCUGAUCUGAUCACUUCUCAGAUUCAAACAUCCAAAGAUCCUGGGAAGUUAUCUUACCUUGGUAAUCUGGCAACUGAUCCUCUGUCAGCAUUAUCAUUGCCUUAUACAGCAAAAAGAGCUCCAGAAAGAUUACCAGAAGGAAGUUCUAUUGAAGAGAAUACUGAUAUCAGGGGGAAUAGACGAUUUUUAAAUGCUCAUAUCGACAGGCAGUACUUGGAUACACCUUAUAAAGAUUCAAGUUUUAGGGAUGCACAGAACAACUAUAUUCCAAAUUUCCAGCGACCACUUUUGAGAAAGCAUGUAACUGGGAGGAUCUCUGCAAGUGGUAGAAACAGUUUUGAUGAUAGCCAGCUGCCACUUGGUGAAAUGUCAAGCUAUAUGGAUGGUCCAGCAUCUCUCAGUGAAGCUCUGACUGAAGGUCUUAGUCCUAGUUCUGAUUGGUGUGCUAGGGUUGCUGCUUUUAAUUAUCUUCGAACCUUGCUGCAGCAAGGACCAAAAGGUAUUCAAGAAGUUACACAGAGCUUUGAGAAGGUCAUGAAAUUAUUUUUCCAACACUUGGAUGAUCCCCACCAUAAAGUUGCACAGGCAGCACUUUCAACACUUGCUGAGAUAAUUCCAGCAUGCAGAAAGCCUUUUGAAAGUUAUAUGGAAAGGAUCUUACCGCAUGUUUUCUCACGGUUGAUUGAUCCAAAGGAGUUAGUUCGGCAGCCUUGUUCUACAACCUUGGAAAUUGUUAGCAAGACUUAUGGUAUAGAUUCUCUUCUACCUGCUUUGCUCCGAUCAUUGGAUGAACAACGGUCUCCAAAGGCAAAACUGGCUGUCAUUGAGUUUGCUAAUAAUUCCUUCAACAAGCAUGCUAUGAAUUCUGAAGGUCCUGGUAACAGUGGCAUUUUAAAGUUAUGGCUUGCUAAGUUGACUCCUUUGGCCCACGAUAAGAAUACAAAACUGAAGGAAGCAGCUAUUACUGGGAUAAUAUCUAUUUAUUCUCAUUUUGAUUCAACAUCAGUCUUGAAUUUUAUCCUCAGCCUAUCAGUUGAAGAACAGAAUUCCUUGAGACGAGCACUUAAGCAAUACACUCCUCGUAUAGAGGUCGACUUGAUGAAUUUUCUGCAGAACAAGAAAGAACGACAACGCUCCAAAUCUUUCUAUGACCAGUCAGAUGUUGUUGGAACUUCAUCUGAAGAAGGAUAUGCUGGUGUGUUGAAGAAAGGUCAUCUUUUUGGAAGGUAUUCUGCUGGUUCAAUUGAUAGUGAUGGUGGAAGGAAGUGGAAUUCUGCACAAGAGUCGACCCAGAUUGCUAGUUCUAUCGGUCAAGUUUCUUCUGAUGAAAAUCAGGAGCACUUCUAUCAGAGUUUUGAUUCUGGGUCCCAUACUGAAUUUCUUAGUUCUAAAGGCAAGGAUCUGAAGUUCAAUGCUAGUACCAUGAGAGAAAAUGUUGGAUCCUUGACAAGCCGAACUGAAAAUGUAGAUCAUAACAUAGGUGUUGAGAGUUCUCUGUCAACUCCACGUCUGGACAUAAAUGGACUGAUGAACUCUGACCGAAUGGGAAUGACUGGAUUGACACUUGGUACUGAGGGUUCUCCUGAGGUGGAUGUUGAUCAAGAGAAACUGGCAGCAAUUAAAGUCAGCUCCACUCCAGAUUCAGGACCUAGUAUUCCUCAAAUUCUCCACCAGAUUGGAAAUGAUGAAAGUUCAAGUGUGAGCAAACGUACAGCACUUCAGCAGCUGGUUGAUGCUUCUAUUGCUAAUGACCAUUCUGUGUGGACCAAGUACUUCAAUCAGAUCCUAACAGUCAUACUCGAGGUGUUGGAUGAUUCCGAUUCACCAAUCAGGGAACUUGCUCUUUCUUUGAUAGUUGAAAUGCUUAAUAAUCAGAAAGACUCAAUGGAAGAUUCUGUGGAAAUUGUAAUUGAAAAAUUGCUUCAUGUAACAAAGGAUAUGGUUGCUAAGGUUUCAAAUGAAGCUGAGCAUUGUUUGACCAUUGUGUUAACUCAGUAUGAUCCAUUCAGAUGUCUAACCGUUAUUGUUCCUUUAUUGGUCAGUGAUGAUGAGAAAACUCUUGUUACUUGCAUCAAUUGUUUAACAAAGCUUGUGGGGAGACUUUCACAAGAAGAACUAAUGGGUCAGUUGCCUUCAUUCCUGCCUGCUCUUUUUGAUGCUUUUGGGAACCAGAGCGCAGAUGUUCGUAAGACUGUUGUUUUCUGUUUGGUAGAUAUCUACAUUAUGCUUGGGAAAGCAUUCUUACCAUAUCUAGAAGGGCUCAACAGUACACAGUUGCGGUUGGUGACUAUUUACGCUAACCGGAUUUCACAGGCCAGAACAGGGACCACAAUAGAUGCUAACAACCAUGGUUAGACGACUUGUUGUGGAUGGGCAUUAUAGUUUUGGGGCGUUGGUAUUGGUUAUUCUUUAUCUGUGUAUUUUUGUAUAUUGUGUGAAAUAUUAGUCAUCUUUACAAGGGAUUCAUGGGAUCUGGGUGUGCUUUUUUCCAUUGUGGGGUGAGAUUGCUUGUGGGGAGAGACAAAUUUGUUGUGAAGUUGUACUUGUUGUAUGCCCAUUUAUUGAGUGAGGUGGUUGGGGGGGUUACGUUGGGUUUUGGUAAAUAAAGUGUAUUGAGAAUCAAUCAACGUGGUUGAACCUGUAUCCCCAUUGUGACGAGAAAUGAUAUUAUUGGGGCCUUAAGUUAAAACCAA